AGUUUUUUUUAAUACACCAUGCAGUCAGCUUGUUUACAGUUUAAUGAUAAAUUAUGCUUUGUAAAAUUCGAUGUACCCUGCGGUCAGGUCGACGUCUGCUUAAAUAUCUUGGACUACAAAGUGGACUCAGAUUCCUCUCGUCUGGAACAGCAGCUUUGAAAACUGAGAAGUCUAUUCACCCGGUAGACCCCGUCUGUAACACACUGUCGUGGGUUGGUGAUUAUGCACCAUGCUUUGGAAUCUGUGGCAACUCGGUGGAAAUCCUUCGUACCCCAGACGAUUUUUAUCAAACUCUGAAGACAAAUUUUAGAGCAGCACGGAAACGGAUAGUGAUUGCCUCCCUUUAUUUAGGAACUGGACAGCUGGAGAAAGAUCUGGUCAGUGCCAUUGAGUAUGCUUGUGAGAGAGCCAAGAAUUCAGGGAAUCGUGAGUUUGAGGUCCAUAUUUUGUUGGACUACAAUAGGGGAUCGAGAGGGGAUGAGGUGUCUUCGAGGACCAUGUUGACAUCCCUCCUGGAGCGAUAUAGUGGAACAGUCCAGGUGUACCUGUACCACACCCCCGAUCUCAGUGGUUACCUGAAACAGUACCUACCUCCCAAACUGGACGAGACUGUUGGGGUGCAGCAUAUGAAAGUGUAUUUAUUUGAUGAUAGUCUUGUCAUGAGUGGAGCCAACCUAAGUGAUAAUUACUUCACAAACAGACAAGAUCGCUAUGUGCUGUUCAACGAAUGUCCAGAAAUGUGCGACUUUUUCUCGGGACUUGUGAAAACUGUGUCUACUUUUAGUUUAUCACUGACAGCAGACAACAGCACCAGAUUACACCCUGAGUGGGAAAUUCACCCUUAUCAAGGAAAUACAGGAGACUUCAAAAAAGCAGCUGGAAAGACAGUGAUAGACUUCAUGAAAUCUAUUAAAAUUCAACAGGCAGACAGACAGGCAAAGACAAAAGUCAAAUGUGACACUUAUGUGUACCCCUUACUCCAGAUGGCAUUGUUUGGAAUUCGGACAGAAGAAUCAUUUGUGAAGCAUUUAUUGCAGACUGCCAGUGAUGGAGUUAGAAUUUCACUAGCCACAGGAUAUUUCAAUCUGACCAAACAUUAUCAAAAUAUCAUUGUUCUAGAGUCCUUAGCAAAGUUUGAUCUCCUGAUAGCUUCCCCUCAGGUCAAUGGAUUUUUUGGGGCUAGGGGAGUGAUGGGGAACAUCCCUGAUGCCUACACCUACAUUGCUUCCAGCUUUUACCACAUGGUGGGUUACUACAACAUGCAGCACCGGAUUCGGUUGUACGAAUAUUACCGGGACCAGUGGACGUAUCAUGUGAAGGGCCUGUGGUUCUACCUCCCCCACCAAACUGUCCCCUUUCUCUCCAUGAUGGGAUCAUCCAACUUUGGAUAUCGAUCAGUGUACCGGGACAUUGAAUGCCAAAUUGCUCUAGUCACACAGAACAAACAGUUGCAAGCAGAACUGCAUGAGGAACAAGAGAACUUUUUCACCAGAGGAGUAGAGGCAAAUGAUGAAACAUUCCAGAAAGUAGACAGAUUUGUGCCUUACUGGGUCAGACUUGCCUCCCCUUUUCUUCGACUCUUUUUAUAGGUCAUGCAAUGUAGGAUAUGUGUGUUUUCAUUUUAAAAAGCAUUACAUUUUGUGAAUUUUUUUAUCAUUUAAUGUAAUACAUGUAGCAUGUCGUUUUCCAUUGAGUAGAAUGACACAUUAUAGGCUAUGUUUGUAUGCGUGUCUGUGAUACUUCAUGAGAGUUUUACUGGUACUUGUAUCUUACUGGGAAUUAAAGAGCUAUACAAAUUUCA